UCCCAGGGAGCGCUCUGCCCCAAAGGCUCAGGUAGGAAGCGCGGGCUGCCUGGUGCAUGCCCGGGACUCCGGGAGGUGCAUCUCUCCCUCCGCUCGCCUUCCUCGGAGCUGCGGGCCGCCCCGGAGGGCUGGCGGUUCCGGUGGCUGGCUGCAGGGAGCCGGGUCGAGCCCUCCCUCGGUCCACAGCUGUACGCGGCUCCGGCGCCAUGCUUCUGCUGGGCAUCUUCACCUUGGCCCUCGCCGGGCGACCAGCCAGCGGCUCCGAGCCAGAGCUAGAGGUGGUCAUUCCAAUCCGACUGGACCCGGACAUCAACGGCCGCCACUACUACUGGUGGGGUCCCGAGGACGCCGGGGAUCAGGGCCUCAUCUUUCAGAUCACAGCAUUUCAGGAGGACUUUUAUCUCCACCUGACCCCAGAUGCCCAGUUCCUGGCGCCUGCCUUCACCACCGAGCACCUGGGCGCCCAGCUCCGGGGCCUGGCGGGGAGCUCCCCAGAGCUGCGGCGGUGCUUCUACUCGGGGAAUGUGAACGCGGAGCCGGGCUCUUUCGCCGCCGUGAGUCUGUGCGGGGGACUGCGCGGAGCCUUUGGCUACCGGGGAGCGGAGUAUUUCAUUAGUCCGCUGCCCAACGCCAGCGCACCCGCGGCUCAGCGCACCGGCCAGGGCACGCACCUCCUCCAGCGCCGGAACUUCCCUGGCAGGCGGCCUGGAGACACGACCUCCCGCUGCGGGGUGGCCUCGGGUUGGAACCCGGCCAUCCUGCGGGCUCUGGACCCUUACAAGCUGCGGCGGGCCGGUUUAGGGGAGAGGCGCGGCCGGCGCAGGUCAGCGCGCGCAAAGCGCUUCGUGUCGAUCCCGCGCUAUGUGGAGACACUGGUGGUGGCAGACGAGUCCAUGGUCAAGUUCCACGGCGCGGACUUGGAACAUUACCUGCUGACGCUGCUGGCCACGGCGGCUCGGCUCUACCGCCACCCUAGCAUCCUCAACCCCAUCAACAUCGUCGUGGUCAAGGUGCUGCUUCUCGGAGACCGCGACUCCGGGCCCAAGGUCACGGGCAACGCGGCCAUGACGUUGCGCAACUUCUGCGCCUGGCAGAAGAAGCUGAAUAAAGUGAGUGACAAGCACCCCGAAUUCUGGGACACCGCCAUCCUCUUCACAAGGCAGGACCUGUGUGGCGCCACUACCUGUGACACACUGGGCAUGGCCGACGUGGGCACCAUGUGCGACCCCAAGAGAAGCUGUUCUGUGAUUGAGGAUGAUGGCCUUCCAUCCGCCUUCACCACGGCCCAUGAGCUGGGCCACGUUUUCAAUAUGCCACAUGACAAUGUGAAAGUGUGUGAAGAGGUGUUUGGGAAACUCCAAGCCAACCACAUGAUGUCCCCAACCCUCAUCCAGAUUGACCGGGCCAGCCCGUGGUCAGCCUGCAGUGCUGCCAUCAUCACCGACUUCCUGGACAACGGCCAUGGGGACUGCCUCCUGGACGAGCCCAGUAAGCCUAUCUCGCUGCCGGAAGACCUGCCGGGCACCAGCUACUCCCUAAAGCAGCAGUGUGAGCUGGCCUUUGGCGUUGGCUCCAAGCCCUGCCCUUACAUGCAGUACUGCACCAAGCUGUGGUGCACCGGCAAGGCCAAGGGGCAAAUGGUGUGCCAGACUCGCCACUUCCCCUGGGCAGAUGGCACCAGCUGUGGCGAGAGCAAGUUCUGUCUCAAGGGGGCCUGUGUCGAGCGGCACAAUAUCAAUAAAUACAAGGUGGACGGCUCUUGGGCCAAGUGGGAGCCCUAUGGCCCCUGCUCUCGGACCUGUGGUGGGGGCAUUCAGCUGGCCCGGCGGCAGUGCAACAACCCAGCCCCGGCCAAUGGGGGCAAGUACUGCGAGGGAGUACGGGUGAAAUAUCGAUCUUGCAACCUGGAACCAUGCCCCAGCUCAGCCUCUGGCAAGAGCUUUCGGGAGGAGCAGUGUGAGGCUUUCAAUGGCUACAACCACAGCACCAAUCGGCUCACCCUGGCAGUGUCCUGGGUGCCCAAGUACUCAGGUGUGUCUCCCCGGGACAAGUGCAAGCUCAUCUGCAGAGCCAACGGCACUGGUUACUUCUACGUGCUGGCUCCCAAGGUGGUGGAUGGCACUUCAUGCACUCUGGACUCCACCUCUGUCUGUGUCCAAGGCAAGUGCAUCAAGGCUGGCUGUGACGGGAACCUGGGCUCCAAGAAGAAGUUCGACAAAUGUGGGGUGUGUGGUGGAGACAACAAGAGCUGCAAGAAGGUGACAGGACUCUUCACCAAGCCCAUGCAUGGCUACAAUUUUGUGGUGGCCAUCCCUGCAGGUGCUUCGAGCAUCGACAUCCGCCAGCGGGGCUACAAGGGGCUUAUUGGGGACGACAACUACCUGGCCCUGAAGAACGGCCAAGGCAAGUACCUGCUCAAUGGGCACUUCGUGGUAACUGCUGUGGAGCGGGACCUGGUGGUGAAGGGCAGCCUGCUCCGGUACAGCGGAACUGCGACUGCGGUGGAGAGCCUGCAGGCGUCCCGGCCCAUCCUGGAGCCACUGACUGUGGAGGUCCUGUCUGUGGGGAAGAUGACCCCUCCCCGGGUGCGCUACUCUUUCUAUCUGCCCAAGGAGCCUCGGGAAGAUAAGUCCUCCCAUCACAAGGACCUCCGGGGCUCCUCUGUUCUGCGCAACAGCGUCCUCAGCUUCUCCAACCAGGUUGAGCAGCCCGACGGCAGGCCCCCUGCUCGCUGGGUGGCGGGCAGCUGGGGGCCUUGCUCCACGAGCUGUGGUAGAGGCUCACAGACUCGGGUCGUGGACUGCCGCGCCUCCCUGGGCCAGCUCUCGGCCUCUGCCUGUGAUGCAGCCCAUCGGCCGGUGGUGACACGGGACUGCGGGGAGCCCUGCCCAGCUUGGGAGAUUGGGGCAUGGUCACCUUGCUCCAAGAGCUGUGGUAGGGGAUUUAAGAGACGGCCUCUCAAGUGUGUGGGCCAGGCGGGACGACUGCUGGCUCGGGACCAGUGCAACCUGCACCGGAAGCCCCAGGAACUCGACUUCUGCAUCUUGAGGCCAUGCUGAACUAGACCCUCUCUGCCUCUCACUCUCUGCUCCUCACUGGUGCCACCACGUCUAGCCAAUAGGAAUAGUUGGCAGUGGGCAAUGGCCUGGGGCCCACCCUGAAGCCACCUGCAUCCAGGGACAAGGACGGUGGACCAGUCGAGAGAGUUCCACCUCCUCGUUGGCCUGGAUGGGAGGCUGCUGACUUCAGUCUACCUCAUGCCCACUUCCCCACGGUCUAGUGUGGGGAGGGCUGAGAGGUGUGUGCACUGGGCAGAGGCACUGAGGCCCAGAUCCAGAGGGGCCAGAGGAUAGGCACCUCCUAAGCAGAAUUUCAGGGACCCUGACUCCCCUUCAAGGGAGGUCACAGGCUGUUGGAAGAGCCAUGGCCCAGCAGCUUGGCACCCUCAGGUGGCCCCAAAGGCCCUUUGACCGUCUCUGAAUAAGGCCGGAUUUUACGGUGCUUUCAGCCCACUUCCCUUUCCCGACUGACAUGGGGGAUGAAGACCAAAGGAAAACUUGCUGGAAUGGGAAGAAGCUGGUUGGAGGGGAGAGUGGGGCGAGGCAUAAUUGGUGCAGGGGUCCACUACCCCGCACCAUGGGAAGGAAAGGGAACCCUGAGUUCUUCCUUCUACUCUCUGCCUCACUUAGAGAACCUUCUCCCCCCUCUCCUUGUCAGGACAUCAGGCGUUCUAUGUGGCUACCCUGCAGACCGAGGUAGAAAAUCAAUAGGGACCUUGUGAUCUGCAAGAAGGGAUCAAAGUAUUAAAAGAAGAUUCUGGAAUUUAUGAGGGGGUAGAUACCUGGUCUAAGGGCCUCUGAGGAGGGAUUGUGAGGGCCUGCUAUCCCUGGGGCCGGGUGGAAAUGGCCCUUUGGGUCCUGGGUCUGCCUUUGGGUUGCUAAGACCAGGUCUCACCUCAUGAGGAGGGUCCCGUUGGUAUGGCGUCUUCCUUCGGAGAGAACCCAUCUCUGUAUUACCUCAGAGAGCCCACACAGUGGCUACAAGCCUGCACCCAUCAAGUAGAGAGAGGGAGAGGAGAGAGACCUAGGAACACCCGGCUGCCCCCGGGCUCUGCUUCAGUCUUGACAGCUUGAGGCUGUUUGGUCCUGGCACUUCAUUCGGCUGCCCCAGGUCUUGGCUUUUUCAGUCAACAAAUGGGGUUCCCUCUUUGCUACCUCAGGUGAUGCUCUCUGGGAAGCAGACCGUGUCCCUUCCCCGCUGCUUCUGCCAGCCCACAUGUCUUGCUUCUCAGACCAAGCUGCCCACCACACGGAGGGCAUGCUUUUCUGUCCCCUCCACGACUAAGCCACCUUCUGGAAGCAGUUUCUCUCUUCAUGGUCCUUGGAGGCAGACUUUUGGAAGCAUCAAGAAUAAUUGGCUUGACCUGGAGACCCUUAGCCGCUCCCAAUCAAGUGCUCGAAAGUGUCUUCGGAGACUUGUUCAACCAAACCCAUUGCCAUUGAGUUGAUCUGACUCCUAGCAGCCCUACUGGACAAAGUGAAACUGCUCUUUAAGGUUCGCGAGGCUGUAAAUCUGUACAGGAGUAGACAGCCUCUCAUGCUUUUGACCCACCGACCUUGUAGCCCCAAACUGAAGUCACAACGCCACCAGGGUUCAUAGACAUGUUUGGGGAUGAGCAACCAGAACAUUUCAUGGAGCACAAGUCUGGAGACGCUUUGGGCAUUAGGGACUAUUUGACCCAGCAGAAUCUUUCUUGAGGGUACACGUGCCCUCACAUGUAGGUGGAGCAUUUCGUUCUGAGGGUAGUGUAGAAAGUUCCGGUACCACUUCCAUGGAGAAUUGCCAUAGGUGGUACCAAAGCAAGGACUUUUCCUGGGAAAAGGGCUUCUGGCUUUUUAUUUCAUUUUUCCCUUCAUAGUCUGGAGACCCAGGAGAGAGCUCCCACAGGAGGGCAGUAGGUAUGAAUUUCCCGUAGGGGAAGUAGGGAGGUGAGGAGGCCUCCCAUUGAUGCCAGUGAACAUAAGACGGGGCCACCAGUGCAGAAAUGAAGACUUGGUGGCUGACGACAGCCCUGCCCUGUGCAUGGGGUGGUCCCUUCAGGAGAGGAGGGUGUGGCAUGGGUGCUGUGCA